UAAUGCUCUACUACUUAGUUUUAGCUGUAAUAUUGUUGUUUGGAGCAUUUUACAUGUUUCACCGAAGAAUCAGCUUCAAAGGGAACAUCAUCCCGGGUCCGAGAGGACUUCCACUUAUCGGUUGUGCACUAGAAAUAAACGAGGAAAAUUUAUGCUCGAAACUAACAGGGUAUGCGGAGACAUUCGGGGACAUUUUUCGGUUUAGAAUAUUUUCAGAUAACCUUAUUGUGUUGAACAGUCCUGCAAUCAUACAAACAGCAUUUUUGGACGAAAAAUUCAAGCGACACUUUAACGAUCGGCCUAGAAUGUUUUACGGUGAAUAUUUUCGUUGUCAUCACCAAACAGUAGGAUCUGUACCAGAGGGAUUUGGAAUGUUUCACAAAACAUCAAGAAGGCAUUUGGAAAAGGCGGUAUAUGCAUAUGGCAGUGGACUGAUGGACCUGGAGAAAAAUGUUAUGUUUGAAAUGGAUCUCCUAGUUAAGAGGAUAGAAGAAAUGCCAGGCAUGACGUUUCAAUGUAUGGAUGUUUUCAGUCGGUCACUAUCAAACGUUAUUUCUCUGUUAUUUAGUGGGGAACUUAUACACGAUGAUGAUCCAGACAGAGACAUUUUCUUGCAGCAUACAGAAGGGGCUAUAUUCUUCCUAAACUCGGCAGUAAACUCCGUUAUGACAUCACUUCCAUUUCUACGAUUUCUUCCAGGGAAAUUUAGAGAAAUGUACAUAAAAACUGAAACUGUGAAUGGCAGAAUUAAACAAAAAUACUUCCAUGAUAUAAAGAACACCUAUGUUCCUGGAAAACACCGAGGAAUCGUUGAUUUCUAUAUUGAAGAACAGAGAAAAGAGCGAGAGAGCGGAAAUGAUGUUUUUUUCACUGAUGAAAGAAUCAUGGUGCAGAUUGAAGAAAUUGUAGAUGCAGGAAUCACCACUUCAAGCAUAUUUCUUUCUAACUCGAUACUUGUGUUAAUGAACUAUCCGGAGGUUCAAAACAAGAUACAAGCAGAAAUUGACACGGUUAUUGGAAAGGAUCGGCCUCCUACUUACACGGAUAGGAACAAUUGUCGUUAUCUUCAGGCGUUUGAGAUGGAGAUACACAGAUAUCUUACCAUUGCCCCAUUCUUACUUCCUCAUCUCUGUCAAGACCAUAUAGAGUUUAUGGGAUAUGACAUUGAACCAAACAGCCUGAUCCUGGCAAAUGUAUGGUAUGUUCAUCAUGACAAAGAGGUUUGGGGAGACCCUUGGACUUUCAGACCAGAGAGGUUCCUGAAUGAUAACGGAGAGCUCUUACCGAGAGAACAUAAACUGCGCAAAAGUCUUUUGCCAUUUGGUUGCGGACAACGUCAGUGCACCGGUGAAAUGUUUGCCCAAACGCGCAUCUUUCUGUACUUGGCAACCUUGUUGCAGCGCUGGUCCUUUGAAUUCCAAAAUGGCAAUGAGAGGAGUUGUGAUCCAAGAACACCUGGCUGUUUCGAUAUGGUUGGCUUAAUCAAGCCAAUGCCAUUUGCCUGUAAGGCUAAAGAGCGCUACAAACAGUAAAAAGACAGGGGUAGAGAUGUAACACAUGUUUGAAAAAAGAAACUGGUAUAAUAUGAAUUAUAUAACCUGUUACUACUCAUAAGAACUGUACUUGUGAAAUAUGCAUUAUCUUUAUAAUAGGGCAGUUACAAUGCAAUAGAGGUACAAUGCGGACGGUUAUCUAGCUUAAAUAAAUAUUUGAAGAGCCGAUGGACGAGUUUUACAAGGAUUUUGCAGCUGUAUUCGAGUCUAAAUAUAUCAAUAUUUUACCAACCAUUACUAAAUAACCUUUAUAAUAUUAUAAUCAUGCUUAUUUUUCUUGGUAAAAAAUAAAUGAAGAGAGUUCCAAUCCUCAAUUGGCCUUUACCAUUUAAACUAGGUUCUGUCGAAGUAACAAGAGAUUCAUGAGAAAUGGUUUGCAGGUUUCACUUCUUUUGAAGCUUUUACUUUUAAAUAAUUUAAAUGAAGGUUUUACUUUGUCUACAUCUACAUCUACAGUGUACUGCCCAACAAUCAAUACUGAUUAUAACUGGGAGGCGCUUGUCAGGGACAGACUUAAAAAGAUGAGCUAGCUCAUUAGGUGCAAAUAUAAAAAGAACUACAAUAAUUAUUACUAAGAUUAAAAACAUAGGUAUAGAUUAGAAAGUUAUAGUUGCCAGCUAAUAAAAUCAAGCUGGGACUGGACUGUAAUUAUAGGGGAUGACCAUUCCAGGAACGAUUUUUUUCCUGGAAAGAAAGGAGUAGGAAUGAUAUUGCGUAUGAGAUUGUGGGAUCAAGUAGUUCAGGUUCCUUGUAGUAUGAGAUGAUUAUGGUCAACUGCAAUAAGUCUGUACUUUAUUUUUAAACAAAUGAGGGAAAUUUUUUAUACGGCGUUGUUCAAGACAUUGCCAGUUGAGGUAUUUAAGCAUUGGGGUGACGUUGCUUAUUUGACCAUAUUGGUUACAUACGUAUCGAACUGCAGAUCGUUGUUCUCGUUCAGUUUUGUAUGUAAGGGAUUUUUGUUAAGGGAGCAGUAUUCAAGCUGUGGGCGGACAUUGAAAUUGUAAGCUGUUUCUUUUACUUUUACUUUUACUUUAUCCGGUGGCCACUAAGUCAAGCGGAACCCGUUGGACAAACUUGAAAGAUUCAUCUGACUAGCUAAUGUUAACAUAUAUCAUUUAGUUCUACAAAAGACUCUCUAGAUGUUUAUUACUUUCUUUUGCUUGCUUAGUGCAGUCAAGAAAAUAUGAGCCGUGCCAUGGGAAAACCAACAUAGUGGGUAUGCGACCAGCAUGGAUCCAGACCAGCCUGCGCAUCCGCGCAGUCUGGUCAGGAUCCAUGCUGUUCGCUAAUAGUUUCUCCAAUUCCAAUAGGCUUUAAAAGCGAACAGCAUGGAGCCUGACCAGACUGCGCGGAUGCGCAGGCUGGUCUGGAUCCAUGCUGGUCGCAUACCCACUAUGUUGGUUUUGUCAUGGCACGGCUCAUAUAUCAUUUGAAAAACUUGAGUAAUUUCAUACAAAGAUUAUCCUGAAAAAUUGUGAUUAACGUUUAUCGGUUGUCUUAUGAAAAGAUGUGGGGUCGUACAUAAGUGCAAUAGAUUACAGAAUUGUAAUUAUGUACAUGUAUAAAGACCAUUGUAUGUUUCCGCUCUUUAUGUCGCUUUUAGUUAAAUCAAUAUUAAGUGAACGUGUUUGCUCAGAAAGCGGGACUAAUAAGAAACCCGACAUGGGCGAAAUUUAUCAUUUUCUUCGAAGUGGCAAGUGCCUUAUUUUAGCUUGCGAUUAUUUAUUGGAUUUCUCUAUAGAGACCGUUGAAUAUGGAACUCUGUAAUUCAAUAGAUAUGGUCAACAAUCCACUUGAGCUUUCCAUUUGCGCAUGCAAUCUGGUGAUUUUUUAACUAAUCGCAACUAUGUGUCACCGUAAUGUGAUGUUUCCACACAAUUUAUAGUAAGUUAUAAGGAGACAUCGUGGCAAAAGAGCAGAAUGUAAGCUUCCUAUAAAGGUCGCGGAUUAGAAUCAUUCCAGCAGAAUGACAGUUAUAUGCGUUGAUCUUGACCUUACAAGCAUCAUGGCUAUUACCCUUUGACAAUCAAAAUUUAACAAAAAGCAGAAUAAACCUUAGCGCUAAACGUCGUUGAAUCUGGUAACCUGUCAUUAGUAUGAUGUUUGUAGAGUUUGUAGUUAUAGGGAAAACUGUGAUGAUUUCGUAAACUAUACAAAUCAAGAACUUGCGGCAGAUACAUACCUAGGUUCAGUAAUAAGACUGAUUGAAAUAUGCGCGUCUUAACGAAGAGCUUUUACACUGUAGGUGGAUUCUAAUUUAUGAAUAAUAUCUCUGUUGUGAAAUGUUUCAUCUUGCCGACAGUUUUUAAAAUUAGUAAACGAAAUGUCUUGAAAUAUGAUAUAAUGAUAGACAGCAGCGAAAGGAAGUGAAAACUACAUAUCUUUAUCUGUAUAUCUUUAUGUUUGAAUUGUUCUCCUAAAAUUUUGUAAUUUCCUUUUCCGUGUAUAAGGAUCAUCUACUGUAGGGUUUAAUGUUAAUUAGCUAUGGUUGAGAAUCCGUUGUCAGUACUGAGAACACUUAAUCUUUACCAAAGCAUCAACACGCAAGGGCUUAUGUAUUGACAAUAUAGACAAUAUUGUGAGACAUGAUGCCUCACGACCUUGUUUUGAUGCAAUUGUUUUGCAUUGUUUUUACGGCCUAUCAGUAGUUUUUUAUUUUUGAUGUUAAAUUGUCAGGCUAUCUUUCAGCUACUUUUUAAUCACAGUUCAUUGUUCUGUAACAUUUCUAGGUAUUGACAGAUAACCAGUCGCAUUGUUAAAUUGUUGUUUACUAAAUUAUAUUUCAAAAUGUUAGAACUCUAGUUAGUGAAACUGUAAUUCUAGCUUUCACGGGGAUUCUUUAUAAAAGUACGCAAUGUCAGCCCGAGUUAUUCAACAGUUCAAUAAACAGUCAACAAUCAACAAUCACCUGCUGUAUUAAAUUGAAUCGAUGUUUUCAUGUAAUGUCCAUUGUUGACUUUUUAAAGCUUCAUAAAAUAUUUUGUCAGUUGAAAUUUUGACAGUUGUCAACCAUCUUGGAUUUUUAUAGGUAUGCACCGGGUGACUAAAUCUCGUACACGCGGACCGAAAUCGUUUCAUAUUCUGCAAAAAUAGUUAGCUUUUUAUUGUCAAGUACUUGGCAUGUAGUGUUGAUUCGUAGCGUUCUAUAUUGUUUUAUUAUUUAUUUUUGUCCGACUUCGGUUGUUUACACUAGUUUAGAGGUUAAACUCCGCCUUAUAUGCAUAUAAGGAAAUGUUCGUCAUGGUCGGCCGAAGAAAGUUCGUAGCAUCAACUCGGUUACGGAUCUGUCCGGGUAUUUCCGACUUUGGCCUUAUUUAGAUUUGGUAAUACAUCCUCAUUUGCAUACCAUGCAUACCACAAAGGUUAAUUAUUAGAACGAUAGAAUCAUCACUUUGCCAUUCAGUUAUAAUUAAUAGUUAUUGUUAAGGCUUCCCAUAAAUAAAAGUUGUUUGAAGCCGAAAGGAACGUUGUCAGUAGUUUAUUUUAAACUUUGAAAUAAAUUUGAACUCGGGCGCUACCAGCCUUUUAACUCAGGCGCUACCAGCCUUGUCUUAGGCGCUACCAGCCUAUAGGGUCGCGACCAGACCCUAGUUUAUUCAACACAUUGCUUAUCCCCCGAAAAUAAAUAACCUUGUAGUAUUUCAAUUGGUGGACUUAGUCCCCAGACUGUAGUCCCCUUGCCAAUGGUCUGUUUAAUUUAACAUUUGUUAAGUUCAGUAAAGUACAGUAACAGUGACCAGGGUGGGGGGGCACUACAAUACUAUAUGUAUGUAUCCAACUGUAGGCUAAACGGGCAUCUAGUUAUUGAUAAAAUGUCAAAGGUCUACCGCCGAAUCGAUGGAUAGAUGGACACACAGACACGAACAAAUAUACAGCUACUCUUCUUCUUGGGUCAGGGUGGGGAAAUCAUUAUCAUUAUUUUCAUCACGUGUACAAAACCGGCACUCUUUGGAAUAUGUGAAUGAUAUAUUUAUUUUAAAUGGUUUUUAUAUAGGUACAUAAUAACUUUCAACUACCAAAAUAUAUCAAUAAAUGCACAAAAAAAUGGUGAGAAACUAUUUUAUUCAGUUAACAAUACAACAUAAAUAGCAAUAUUGGAUAAUUCAAUUCUGUAAGAAAUGUAAACAAUUCUUCUAAUGCUUUGUGGCAUUUUGUAAAGAGAUAAUCAUGUCUGAAUAUGAUUGAUUAUUUUGAUUUUAUCAAAAGUCUGCUUUGCCAUACAUAAAUAGCUAUAUGAUGUUUUGGCUUUUAACAUUUCAAGUAGAGUAAUGACACAUGAAUAUAAUAUUAAUAAAUCAUUACAAUUAAAACUCUAGAACUUAUGUUUUUGUAACAUCUGCAAUGUAACCUUCAUUCUGAUUUGAAGGUUGUUCCUCGUUUGAAUCUAUUCGUAUAUACUGUGCGGCAACAGUGCUUUGUAAAUAUGCUUAGAGGUAACAACUGAAUUCUAGCAAUCUGACAAUAUUUACUAGACAGUUAUGUUUGAUUAUAUCCGUCAUGCAUUGUGUAAAAAGC